AUGGCACUCGCCUCGUGCGACUUUGAGCCUGUGGCCCUGCCGAUCCAAGAUGUCCAGGUCGACCCAGACAUUCCCAACUCCUUUAUGAGAGGAAUCCCGGCGAAAAUCGGAACCCCGGCACAAGAUAUUGUAAUGCUUCCUUGGGCUGAACUGAACAACACGUGGAUUUACAACGAAACCCCCAACUGCGACUCUUCCAUCAUCUGGAACGAUAGAAUAUGCGAAAUAAGAAGAGGCAGCCUGUUUCACACAGACAACUCGACAACCUUUAACAAGUCUUCCGACAUUGUUUGUGCUGGCGGUGCUCCAGAGGAGAUCACAACUGCCGGCAGCGAAGCUGGGGCCAAGAAACUCAUUUCCACAAGUUUGGGCGGAAAGGACCGCCUCGAUGUCGGGGGGACAACCCUUUCGAGCACCCCAAUCGGCAUCCCAACUCUGAGAUGGGACAAUGGCUAUACCAUGCUCCAUGCCCUCGGGCUAGGAGCCAGCCCUACCUGCAUUACCUCCUUGCACAGGCUGGCCGGCUUGGAUCUCGAGUCUGGUCCAUCUUCUGGGGUCGAGGCUACGACUCUGAGAAAGAUCACCGGAAAGAACGUCACCCAGCGUCUGGACUACAGCGAAUCGACAGGCUGCUGGACGGGAAUGAAGGUAACAGUCACCGAUGUCCAAGUCAACUUCCGCGACGGCAAUGACAAGAGCAUAAUGCCACUCAACACUGCCCUACAAUGCUGCAUUGUGCCUCAUAGGCAUCUUCUGUGGGAAGCACCGGGCAGUUUCGUAGAUACGUUUGAGAACGUGACGAAUUCUAGGGACCCUGGUGUCUCGUUUGGCCUACAUUGUCAGAAGCUGCGUGAGUACCGCCGUUUCGACCUCGAUAUCCCCGUCGGCAACAUUAGUUAUGAUUAUUUCCACUCGCACCAGUCGGGCUUUUUUGAUGGUGACAUAACCUUCUUCCUGAGUUCCGGACUACAAGUCAGAGUACCAAACAACCAAUACAUUGUCACCUUUGUCGACAUCGAGCGCAACGGAUCACGAACAAUAAGCACCACGCAAAAGGAACUGUUGUUCAACGGUCUAUCAGAUCAGCCUGCCACCCUUGAACGGUACUUCCUAACUGCAGCGUAUUUGAUGGUCGACCACGACGCUGAAACCUUUACUCUCUGGCAAGCGAACCCUACAACCCGCAGCAACCUUGUCAAAGUUGCUAGCGACGGGUCCAGAUGCGGCAAGCCUCAAACCUCCCAACCGGCGGCAAAACCCGACCAGUUCCCCGACCGGCAAUACUAG